GUCUCGGAACUGCACUUCUCCUUCACCGGGCAACCUCCUGGCUUGGACGGGACAAUGGUCCCCCAACUCCGCCGUCCUUAGCAGAGUGACCAGUUGCGCCACUACUAGGCGCCCCCGUGCGGUGUCGCUCGCGAGCCCCAGAGGCUUCUGGGUAGCGGCUUACCACCCGCCCUGCGUCGGCGACUUCCUUUCCCUUCCAGACGCCGCCGAGGUCGCACGCGUGAGGCCUGUCCGCCGCUGAUAACCUCAGGAUGCGCUACGUCGCCUCCUACCUGCUGGCCGCUCUCGGGGGCAACGCCUCCCCCAGCGCCAAGGACAUCAAGAAGAUUCUAGACAGCGUCGGCAUCGAGGCGGAUGACGACCGGCUCAACAAGGUCAUCAGUGAGCUAAAUGGAAAAAACAUUGAAGAUGUCAUUGCCCAAGGUAUUGGUAAGCUUGCCAGUGUACCUGCUGGUGGGGCUGUGGCUGUCUCUGCUGCCCCAGGUGCUGUAGUUCCUGCUGCUGGUUCCGCCCCUGCUGCAGCAGAGGAAAAGAAAGAUGAGAAGAAAGAGGAGUCUGAAGAAUCAGAUGACGACAUGGGAUUUGGCCUAUUUGAUUAAAUUAUCAUUUCCCUGCAAAUAAAGCUUCCUUUUUAUGUA